CAUCUAUUCCACUUGGGGGCGCUAGACUCCCUUGAAGGUGGGUUCACUAACUUUGCAGCGGUGUGUGAAUGCCAGUUCAGUUCCUGAAUUCCCACAAUUGUUCAGCAGGCUUUUGGUGCCUGGCCGGCUUCAGAAGACAGAAUCUGGACGGCUAGGACAUUUUCUUUGGGCACUCAUAUGACAGAAUCACAACAGCAUUGUGUGUGGUUUAAGCAGGUGAGAUCGAUCUUCAAACCCAGGCAGUGGGCAACUAUGAAGCUUGAACACAGAACGAUAGCCACAAGAUGGUGGACCAGGAGUGCCAUGCCCUACCACACCAGAUCUACAACCAUGAAGAAGACGAUGCCUCUGAAGAGGAUGAGCACGCCAUCCCCCCAGAAGCGGAGGAGGAGGAGGCCUUCUUCCCAGGCCCUGAGGAACAUUGUCAGCUGCAGAAUUUCUCACGGAUGGAAGGAAGGGAAUGAACCUGUCACCCAAUGGAAAGCCAUAGUUCUAGAUCAGCUGCCAACAAACCUUUCUCUCUAUCUGGUGAAGUAUGAUGGAAUUGACUGUGUCUAUGGGCUGGAGCUCCACAGCCAUGAGAGGAUUUUAAAGCUGAAGGUCUCGCUUCACAAAGUAGUGUUUCCUCAGGUGAGAGGCACCCACCUCACCAGCACCAUGGUUGGCAGAGCGGUGGAACACAAAUUUGAGGGCAAGCAUGGCUCUAAGGAUAACUGGAGCAGGGUGGUCCUAGCCCAGGGGCCGAUCAUGAAGGCCUGGUUUUACAUCACCUAUGAGAAGGAUCUGUUCCUCUACAUUUACCAGCUUCUGGAUGACUACACAGAAGGUAAUCGCCACAUCAUUCCAGAGACUCCUCCGGUAGAGGUGAGGUCAGACACUGACAGCAACGCCUUAACAGGUAAAUGUGUGCAGUACACCAGAGGCGACGGGUCCAAAAAGGCCGGCAAGGUCAUUUACCAAGUUCUAGCCAAGCCUUCCAUGUACUGCAUCAACUUUGAUGGUGAUGUCCAUAUCUACAUCUAUAAUAUGGAGGAAAAGAUUCAUUAAGGUGAAAUUCACCAAGUUCGGGGACAUAGAUGGAUAACUUAUAGGAUUGGGGGAAAAAUGUUUGUUUUCCAGUGUGUUGGAUACCUAAGGAUCUUUGACUACCCCAGUAUCUUUACCAAUGGAAUUUGUUUUGUUCUAAAAAUUAAAACGUGUGACAUGA